GCGUUGACAAUACGGCACUGAAGGAGGAUGGCAUUCAUGUGUGGCGCUUAAAACAUUUCAGCAAGCCGGCAUAUUGUAAUCUCUGCCUGAAUAUGUUGGUCGGCCUUGGCAAAAAGGGUCUCUGCUGUGUGUUAUGCAAAUAUACGGUGCACGAACGUUGCGUGCAACGUGCACCGCCCUCCUGCAUCACCACCUACGUGAAAACAAAGAAAGCCAAAGGCGGCGGCGACAUGUUACACCACUGGGUCGAUGGCAAUUGCUACGGCCGCUGCUCCAAGUGUCGCAAACGCAUUAAGGCAUAUCACGGCAUCACCGGUUUGACGUGUCGCUGGUGCCACAUGAUGGUAACUUCCAAUCGCUGUGCCUCGUCGGAAAAAGAAUGUACUUUAGGCGAAUAUGCGGAUUUAAUUAUACCGCCAACGGCCAUCUGUCCGGGUCUUGAUCGCCAGCGCUCGGUUAAUCAAGCGAAUAAAGCCACGCAUUUUCAAAUUACGCCGCCAAAUGAGAGCAGCUGCCCAUUAUUGGUAUUUGUGAAUCCGAAAAGUGGCGGACGCCAAGGUGAUCGUAUAUUGCGAAAAUUUCAAUAUAUGCUCAAUCCGAGGCAGGUGUAUGAUCUCUCGAAAGGUGGACCGAAGGAAGGUUUAACGUUAUUCAAAGACAUGCCGAACUUCAAAGUAAUUUGCUGUGGUGGUGACGGUACUGUUGGUUGGGUACUCGAAGCGAUGGAUUCCAUUGAACUUGCCACGCAACCAGCCAUUGGCGUCAUACCAUUAGGCACUGGCAACGAUUUGGCGCGCUGUCUGCGUUGGGGUGGCGGCUAUGAGGGUGAAAAUAUACCCAAGCUAAUGGACAAAAUUAAACGCUCAUCCAUUGUAAUGCUGGAUCGUUGGAGUAUUGAGGUGACGAAUGCGGCGCCUGUGGCGGAAAUACUGCGACCAAAGGUCACGCUCCACUCGAAUAUGCAGAAAGUGAUUGAGCUAUCGCAGAGUGUUGUGGUCGAAAAGGCGCUUUUCGAGAAAUUCGAGGAGUUCCACCGCAGCACUAGCGUUUGCACGAACAUGUGCAGCAGCAGCAGCAAACAGGAGCACAUGACCACAACGGCAUCCACGUCAUCGAUGAGUUCAUCGAUUACCACAGCAACCGAAUAUGCAAACGAUGCGGUUGGCGGCGGCAUGCGGGGUACGAGUGUCGGCGGUGCGGGUGGUGGUAUUGCGGGCAAUGGUGACGGUGGUGGUAGUGGAGGUGGAGGUGGCAACGUGGGCCGCGCAACUAAAAGCAUAUCAAUGUCGACAUUCGAAACGAAGCGCACGCUCACAACACUCAGCAAUAGUAGCAGCAGUUGCAGCAGUACGAGCACAAUUAUUAGACAACAAAAGCAGCAACAACAGCACGAGGAACAAGAGCGCCAAAGGGAACGACGUGAACGAACGCAAUCAGAAGACUUGCAAUCACCUGGCACACCGCAAACGCCGGAAAUGGCUAAAAGCGUCCACGGCGAUGCAAUUGAUGAUGGUAGCAACAACAACAAUGACAACGAUAAAACGAACAAUAGUGGUGUGAAUCGCACCGAACACCAUUCAAUACACGCGCCUGCGGUGGCAACAGACAUUCCAAAUAAUCCGGUAGCUGAGGAAAAGAGCGAAGUGGAAGCAACGGCUGCGACAGAACAAUUACAGGCACCUCCUAGCGCGAAAAGCAUAUCAGCACCAACAGAAAUGGAAAAUGUUGCACUCAGCACUGCAUCAAGGAAAGCGAACACUGUUACCACCACACUUGAUACCACUGCCCCCAUUGUACCCAUUAGCAACGAGAUUGAGCUCGCAGUUGCGGCAGAGGUAUCGACUGCCGUUGACAGGUCGACAGUGCCAAGCACGCCAUUGUCACCGACAUCGCCAUUACCGAUCUAUUCGGCAUCGCCCAAAUAUUCUCCUACGCAAUCUCCUCCCGUCGCCGUACCCGAGCCGGAAACAUUAGCAGCAGAUGCAGAACCUACAACACCGUCCGCAUUGAAUUCGUCCGGCAGUGCAGCAGCUAAAAGUCAAGCUGUUAUAUGUCUGCCCAAACAGAUUAAGGUGCAGCCGGAAAAAGAUUGCACAGUGCCAUAUAAUAUCAUCAACAAUUACUUCUCAGUCGGUGUG